AUGGAGUUCUCCAAUUGGACCACUGCUCAGGAGUUCAUUUUUUCUGCUUUCCCUUGCUCCUGGGGAGAUUCUGUCAUCUGCUUCAUCCCACUGCUCUUCAUCUAUGCUUUCAUUAUUGUUGGAAACCUUGUUAUCAUCACAGUGGUCCAGCUAAAUGUGCACCUCCACACACCCAUGUACUUUUUUAUCAGUGCCCUGUCUUUUCUGGAGAUUUGGUACACCACAGCCACCAUCCCCAAGAUGCUUUCUAGCUUGCUGAGUGAAAGAAGGAGUAUUACCUUGAAUGGUUGUGUCCUGCAGAUGUAUUUCUUCCAUUCCACAGGCAUCAGUGAGGUUUGUCUCUUGACAGCUAUGGCCUUUGAUCGCUACCUGGCCAUCUGCAGCCCUCUUCAUUAUCCUACCAUCAUGACUCCUAGGCUGUGUGCCCAACUGACCCUAGGUUGCUGUGUCUGUGGCUUUCUCACACCCCUCCCUGAGAUUGCCUGGAUCUCUACAUUGCCUUUCUGUGGCUCUAAUCGUCUUGAGCACAUCUGUGAUUUCCUUCCACUGCUGCGCCUGGCCUGCACAGAUACCCACACCAUCGUCAUAAUUCAGGUGGUGGAUAUUGUUCAUGCUGUGGAGAUCAUUACGGCAGUGAUGCUCAUUUCCACGUCCUAUGUUGGUAUUGUGGCUGUGAUUCUGUGCAUCCGUUCUGCUGAAGGCCGCCGCAAAGCAUUUUCCACCUGUGUCUCUCACCUUACAGUCUUUUUGCUCUUCUUUGGCAGCGUGGCUUUCAUGUAUCUUCGCUUCUCUGCUACCUACUCCUUGUUCUGGGACACUGCCAUGGCUCUGGCCUUUGCAGUUCUAUCACCCUUCUUCAAUCCCAUUAUCUAUAGCCUGAGGAAUAAAGAGAUAAAAGAAGCCAUUAAAAAGCACAUAGGUCAAGCUAAAAUUCUCAUUCAUAAGAGCAGGAACCUCACAUAA